AUUUUCUUUUGCGGCCCUUAUGUUGGUCAGUUUUGUUUACUCUUAUCCAGAAAUCAUAUUAAACACUUUCGUUUUCCUUUCUGUUUCUCUUUUUUUCACCAACUGCUGUGAUCUAAAGUGUUUGGGUUUUCGUUCUACAAUUUCUCAGAAUUUCACUCAAAUCGCUCACUUUUUUACGAGUUUUCUAUUCAGUCAAACCUGUCCUUUUCAUCGCCAGAUUAUUUCAUUUGAAUCUCGCUAUCUCCCCAGUUAUCUUGAUCCACUAUAAAGCUACCUUACUUACCUUCGACUGCUCCAACCAUUCCAUCCAUUCUCUUAGAUUCUUUUUCAAAUCUUCUGGAAGUCGUCUUAUUUCUUUUUCUUCUCAGAUGCAACAUGCCUAAAUCCUCAAAAUACAACAUUCAACCCUUGCCCCAAUCUGCCUUUAAGGUCACUGAGGCCAAAUAUAAACUAAACAUAAUUCAACAACCUAAACAAGCAAGAGCUGUAGGCUCCUCAAAACAAUGUCGAAGAACAAUAGAUCCCUCCCCAGUAUUAACUGUUUCUCUAAUCAACCAGGAUGGUGAAAAUGUCGUUGAUCAUUCCAUCAAUUUCUUGAUCUGUACUGUCUCCUGCGACUCAAUCCCAGAUAACGAUUCCUCCACCGCAGAUAACAACAGUAAUAUCAACAACAGUAAUAUUGACAACACUGGCAAUGACAAUAAUGCCAGUACCAUUAAUCCCAAUGAUAAAAACGAUAAAACAAUAAAAAAGAGAAAAGUAUCUGAAUCUCUAACUAAAAAAAAAGAAAAUGCUUUAAUUGGCACCACUUCUGUCUCUGCUAACAUCUUGAACUCAAAGAAUAUCUCAAAUCUAAGUAAAUUAAGCAAUAUAGAUGCUAUUUUUAAUAACCAAAAAAUUCUAAAUACUUUAGCAAACGACUCAAAUAACCUUAAAGCCUUCUUUGUCUUUAGUAAUCUAUCAAUAAGAAUCGAGGGAAAAUAUAAACUAAUAUUUAAAUUGUAUGAAUUUCCCUUGAACAAUUCGAUAUCAAAUUCAAAUAACUCUCCUUCCUCCUCCUCCUCCUCCUCUUCUUCACUUUCAUCAUCUUCUUCAUCCUCCGGCCCUCCACAGAAAUUAUUCUUUAGAGAUUCAAUAGAAAGUGAUAUAAUAACUGUUUAUGCUCCAAAACACUUUCCAGGCCUCCAGCCUUCCCCAAUUUUAGCCCAUAGAUUGAAAAAUAUAGGAACUAAAAUUAGAGUAAGAAAGGUCUCAUCCUCAAAAAGAAAAUUAUCAAACAAUAAUGAAUUACCAAAUAAUUCAAUCAAUAACUCAGAAGUUCAAAAUCCUCUCACUCAAAAUGACCCCUCAGAAACUCUACCUGAUUCUUCUUCCUUUUCCUCUCCUUCCUCUUCCUCUUUCCAACCUCUACCCAACAGAAAUAAUACUUUGCACUCUUCCAAUGACCAAAAAAACCCAUAUUCUUCUCCACAUUUUCAUCCACCUCCUGCUUUUUCCUCAACUCCCUCGAAUUAUUCACAACUUUAUUCUUCAAAUUAUCUUUCCAAUUAUUCCUUAAAUUAUCCUCCAAAUACUCUCCCACCUUCUCUUCCCUUCUAUCUAAAUCAAUCUCCUUCAAUUUAUGGAAAUUCCUCAUCAAAUAAUUUCAUUUCUUACAACUUUUCUAAUGAUUCUAAUCACAAAAUCAGUCCAACUAAAUCAAUUAGUUCCAGUACUACUCAAAAUACUAUAAAAACUUCUACAAAAGAUAACAUAAAUCCAAUGGAUUUAAAUUUUCAAGUAGAAAAUUUCAAUCGUCAAAAGCAAAAUCAAAAGCAAAAUCAAAAGCAAAAUCAAAAGCAAGAUCAAAAGCAAGAUCAAAAUCAAGAUCAAAAGCAAGACCAUGAUCGGAAUCAGUUAAAUAAUAAUUAA